AUGGCACUGCCGCCGCGGGUCAUGGACGAACCCGUCUCACCUGUGGGUCGGGUCGUACACCCUGGUAAUGCUGGUGGUCAGUCGGGCGUCGCACAAUCACAUCUACCCCGGACCACCAGUAGCCGAGUAUGGAGGCGAGGUCAUAACCCGCAAGGACCUAAAAGCCCAAGCGGGCUAGCCACUGCAGGGCAGUGGACACGCGUCCCGUACGGUCGAGGUGGUACGGUCCGCUGGCCAGAUGUGGGGGGGGCGUCCUCUGGGAGGACGCUGGGGCUCGGCCAUGCUGAAGGAGCAAGGGCGGGUGGAACCACUGGAGGAAAUGGGAUCGUUUCCUUCAGCCACUCGUCUGCAGCACCUGAUGUCGCGCAUGAGACCCAACUCAACACAUCUAUACCUUCCGGGUAUUCCUGGUGUACUAUAAGUUACAUCCCCAACGUUGCGGGCUCCAUGGAGGGUGGGAAGCACGGGAGAUAUGCGCAAAAACAAAAACGCGCGGCCCUACGCGCAAACAAGCAAGCCUCGGAUAGGGACGGACGGCAACCAGCCGUCGCAGGACAGCCGACAAAGGCCCCUGCUGCUGAUGUCAGCGCGAAGCAACCGCAACGCCCCGGCGGAAGCCAGGGUGGUGCACCGCAGCGCGCUGACAAAGGAGCACGUCCUGCACCGGGCGCGAAGGAGAAAUCCAACGCGACCGAGAAAGCGAGGCGCAAACGUGGGGGCAGAGGGAAGAAGGGAAAAGCGGCGCCAGAGAAGCAGACUGGCACGGGCCCAGUACCCAAACGUCCUCGCCCUGACGACACACUAUCGCCAAAAACGAGCUGUCCGAAGCGAACCAAAACCUCCACUGGUUCGGGUGUGGUAAGGAAGGCCGUCUCCUACGCUGACACUGUAGUCUUAAACGACCUGUAUGUCGCAGUGAUGACGGAACCCUUCAAGGACCUCACACCGGAACAAGUGGAGGAAUUAAAGCUGACUCUGGAGACCAGCAUCGUAGAUCUGGUGGGCACUCCGAGCUCCAGCCCACACGCUCCGCACUGGCCCUCCUUCCGUGGAAAGCCUUUCCACAGUGAAGGGGUGCUAAAACUACAGUGCGAGAGCAAAAGGGACGUAGAGUGGCUCAAGGACACCAUAGCCACCUGCGUGUCACCAAUUCCCGACACAAAACUGGUCGUAAAGCGCCAGAUUGACAUUCCCCGACGGGUGAAGUCCGCUGUACUGCUACCAAGCUGUUCGGAAGACGUUAGGACGAUCCAGAUCCUCCUACGUAGACAGAACCCUUGGUAUCAGGUCAGCAGCUGGUCGCUUUACAAUGUCGAGCGCCAUGAAGGGACUACGUCUGGAGCCUUCUUGGUUCUCGGCAUCCCGGCAGACCAGAUUCCGGGAAUAAUAGCUAGGGAGCGUAGGCUUGCCUAUAAACUGGGCAACGCCUACAUCCGAUUCUUUAACAGCAAUGGCAAGCUGCUUGAUGCGCCGCCACCUGCUGAGACUGCGACGGCUACUGUAGUGAGCGGUGCCCUCUCCGCUGCGAAGCAGAGAGAAUGCACCACUCCUAAUACAGAAGCUGGCGCGUCGGUGUCGGAGGUUAGCGAACCGAGCUCCGUUGAGAGACAGAGCUCGACAGGCGAACCUGCGGUCCCCCAACCAACCUCCAGCGCAAGCGAGAGGGCGGGAGGGGCGUCAGCCUGCCCGCUGACAACCCCGCGCGAGGACGCUGAUGACAGCGACCUUGAGAGGGAUGUCGCGCAGCUGAUGGACCACGACGCCCCGCUGGAAUCGGACGAGGAGAUGAGCAUCAAAGAUGGCUCCUCCACCCCUAACUAACUUCAUACAAACCAACCUCCAGCAUAAACAAGCCGCAACGGCUACCUUGCGAAGAAUGCUGGAGGUCAACAACGAGACCGUCGCCCUUAUCCAGGAGCCGUGGAUAAGGAAGGGCAGAAUCUGCGGUCUAAACAACAUCGGAGAGACCUGACUACGGUCAGGCUCCAGAGUAACUGCGCCAGCAGCCCAGAGAUCAUCAUAGCGUCUGCCUACCUGCCGGGCGACGCGGACAUACCGACGGUCGAGCUGGCAAACCUCAUCCGACACUGCGAAAACAAGAAGCUU